ACCAAAAACUUUGCGGUGCCGGUGGUUGACCUUCGAGCUCUCUUAGCAGCAGCAUAGCAUCUAGCAUCUCCCUUCUUUUUCCUCUCCACAUCACAAAAGCUGCUGUUGCUAGGGUAGGCCGUUAAUCUGCCCUGAACCCUAGCGAGUCAGUCCCUGAGCUCUUGCCACAGAAGUCGGGUGCCAUGAAGCUUUUCGCCUCCGUGUGCUUUUUGGUAGCGUUUUCCUGCGUGCAGGCAGACAACGGCCCCAAAGUUACUGAUAAGGUCUGGUUUGACAUUGAAAUUGGCGGCUCCCCUGCUGGUCGCGUCGAAAUCGGACUUUUUGGAGGCACCGUUCCCAAGACUGUCAGAAACUUUGUCGAGUUGGCAAAGAAGGAUGUUGGAGAGGGCUACAAGGGCAGCAAGUUCCACAGAGUCAUUAAGGACUUCAUGAUCCAGGGCGGAGACUUUACUCGUGGAGACGGAACCGGAGGUCGCUCAAUUUACGGAGAACGGUUUGAGGAUGAAAACUUCAAGCUCAAGCACUAUGGUGCUGGAUGGCUCUCGAUGGCCAACGCUGGUAAAGACACCAAUGGAUCUCAGUUCUUCAUCACCGUCAAGCAGACCCCUUGGCUCGAUGGACGUCACGUUGUCUUUGGAAAAAUUAUCAAGGGCAUGAGCGUUAUUCGCAAGAUUGAAAGCACCAAGACCAACAGAAAUGAUCGCCCUGAGCAGGAUGUUGUCAUCAAGAACUGCGGAGCUGAAACUGUUGAGACUCCCUUCUCUGUGGAUAGAGAAGAUGCUACUGAAUAAAUCCCUCAAGAAUAAUUUUUUUUUGUAAGCUUGUUUUGCGUACACAAAUAAUUAGCAGCACAAUGUUUAAAACGUUUUAUAAGAAAA